AUGGCUCUUCCACAUAGCACACAUGGGGGGCACGCGCAGAAAAGAGCUGUCAACGAGUGCGAGUUAGUAGGAAGCUUGUGUGAGAAGUGGAGAAGAUCCAAGGCUGACAAGAGACGACUAGAAACCAAAGUUGAA